AUGAGUCUUCUUCCGCUUUUUCUUGCCAUUCUUCUCAGCGUGCAUGGUUUACGAAAGAAAUCUCUCUCGCCAUCUGGUGCUGUAACAGCCUUCGUAAUUGGUUUUCUCACAAUGGCAGGCGGUCUUCGAAUGUUUGGGGUCGCUUUAAUUGGUUUCUACCUCAUUGGCAGUCGAGCAACAAAAUGUCAGUAUGUAUACGAUAAUAGACCUACGAACAACACUGAAGCAGUGGUUUUAUUAGAUGGGAAAGAGAAGAAGACAAAGCUUGAGGAAAGUUAUCAAGAAGGUGGGUACAGAACCGGAUGGCAGGUCCUGAGCAACAGUGCCGCCGCAGUUGCAGCGGCUUUCACCUGGAAUUCGGUCUUCGUACCGGGAAGCAUUCAUGCAAACAUGGCGACAAUUCUCGGGCUACAUACCGGCAAGAUGCUUGGGUUAACAAACCCCAUGAUCUACGAUGGUGCUUGGUGUCCUCUUGACGCCAGCAUCUCGAAUGGAUGGAGCAGAGCAUUAGUUCUUGCUGCGCUUGGACAUUUUGCCUGUUGCUUGGGGGACACCCUGGGAUCGGAACUCGGUAUCCUUUCGGACUCACCGCCCCGACUAGUCACAACAUUUAAACGUGUCCCCCCGGGAACCAAUGGGGCAAUGUCUUUGGGUGGAACAUUGGCCUCCGUUGUUGGAGGGGCCAUAGUCGGGGCCUUAAUGGGGAUAAGCCUGACAUUGGAGAAUGUACAAUGCUCUCCAAAGGAAGUUUUGACAACAAUGAUUGUGCUAGGGAUGGUUGGUGGAGGGAUUGGAAGUCUGAUUGAUUCCGUGAUGGGAGCGACGAUUCAGCGGACUCGGUACUCUACGGCGAAGAAGAUGGUUCUUCAAGACGGAAGCACGUUCGGUGGAGAUAUCAAGAUUAUCAGCGGAUGGAACCUUUUGACAAACAACCAGGUGAACUUGUUAUCCAGCGUGAUUUGUGCGGCCCUAUUGCUAUCCACUUGA